CGCUCGAUUUUAUCUCUAAACAUAUCUCGUAAACAUGGCUCCAGUUAAUGAAAAAGUGUUAAACAGCGCGGAAUACGUUCCUGCGAAGAAAGCCCUGCCUGAAGUGGACACGGAUAAUGGCAUUGGCAAUGGAAAUAAGGCCAGCUCAUAUUCGUACGAAACCCUCGUUGAAACCGCCAACUUCCUUCUGUCCAGAACUUCGGUGCGGCCUCACAUUGGGAUCAUCUGCGGGUCUGGGUUGGGUGCGUAUUGGAAAGAGGGCUCAUUAGCAGAACACAUAGAAGAGCCAGACAGUGUAGACUAUGAAGAAAUCCCCAACUUCCCCGUGAGCACGGUGGACGGCCAUCAUGGCAGACUGGUGUUCGGCAAGAUAUCGGGCGUCCCAGUGGUCGCCAUGCAGGGCAGAUUCCACUAUUAUGAAGGCUACCCUCUUUGGAUGUGCUGCCUACCGAUUCGCGUGAUGAAACUCCUGGGGGUAAAAACUUUGAUCGCCACAAACGCAGCUGGCGGGCUCAACCCCAACUACAAAAUCGGAGACCUCAUGAUUGUGAAGGACCACAUUAACAUGAUGGGCUUCGCUGGAAACAAUCCCCUGCACGGACCCAACGACGAGAGAUUUGGUCCUCGCUUCCCUCCAAUGAACAAGGCGUACGACUUGGAAUAUAGGAAAAUAGCUAAAGAAGUAGCGAAGGAACUGAACAUAGAAAACAUCGUACGCGAAGGCGUGUACACCUGUCUCGGAGGCCCUAACUUCGAAACUGUAGCAGAAUUGAAGAUGUUGAAAAUGGUGGGAGUCGACACAGUGGGCAUGUCGACAGUACAUGAGGUUAUCAUCGCCCGCCACUGCGACAUGAAAGUAUUCGGCCUGUCGCUGGUGACCAACGAGUGCGUGACGUGCGAGGACGCGGCAGACGAGGCUAACCACGAGGAGGUGCUGGACGUAGGCCGCAUGCGGCAGGAGAUUCUUCGCAAAUACAUCUCAAAACUUGUUAAGCGAUUCGCAGCGGUAGAUGGCUUAAACUGACUCACAUCUUACCUUGACUAUUGAUAUGCUAUCAU